AUGGCUCUCAGCAACUUCGUCGCCGUCUCUGACAGACUGGUGCACUUCGAGAGUCGGGUCAGAGGGCCUGCAGCCGAAGAUGACAAUGUACACACGUACGAAAUCCGUCGUGACCGGCUGCAAGUCCUCUGGGACAAUGUCGAAGCCGCUUAUUCCACAUGCGCUGAUGCACUGCAUCAAGACGGCGACAGUGAAGGCACACAGGCGAUGGAGGCAAAAUACGAUCACUGCUAUGCAGUGUACGAGCGGUGUCUCGCCCGUGUUAAGGGGCAAAUUACCCAGGUUUCCGGGUCCAGCAGGAGUGAAGCAUCCGUUCCUCCUGUAUACUCCAGUGGCUGCCGGCUCCCUCCAGUCGACACCGAAGUUUUCCGUGGGGAUUACUUGCGGUGGCCGACUUUCCGUGAUCUUUUCACGGCCAUCUAUGUCAACAAUCCAAGGUUGACUCCGGUCGAGAAACUUUUCCAUCUGAAUUCGAAGACCGCAGAUGAGGCCAAUGAAAUAGUAGCCAAAUUUCCGCUGACGAACGAUGGUUUCGCGUCGGCUUGGGGUGCUCUCUGCGAACGUUUUGAGAACAAGCGCUUGUUAAUAACAAGCCAGUUGAAGAUCCUGUUUAACCUGUCCACGGUUACCCAAGAGUCGGGAGCAGCUAUCAAGGAGCUGCAGAGCACGAUUCAGCGUUGCUUGACCGCUCUUGAGCAUUCAGACAUUUCCGUCUGUAGCCCGUUCGCAGAUUGCAUCCUUGUUUUCCUCUGCUCGUCCAAACUUCCCAAGCUCACACUCUCGUUGUGGGAGCAAUCGUUGGUGGACAAAGCGAAAAUUCCCGCAUGGCAGGAUAUGAGCACGUUCCUCAAUGAGCGCUACCGUACGCUCGAAGCGAUUGAGGACGUAAAACAGACUGCCAAUUCACAGAUCGCGACUGCAGGGCCAUCCCGUCCGCAGAAUUCAAAGCGAGUCAACUCCUUUGAGGCCCGAGUCACUCCGAAAGGCAAAUCGUGUGACUUGUGCUCAAAGGAGAAUCACCCUGUCCGGGUGUGUCCGCGUUUUUUGCAAAUGUCGGUCAACGAAAGAAUGACAUACAUCAAACAGAAAAGUCUCUGUUUGAACUGUUUCGCAAGAGGUCACCAACUCCGAGAGUGUACGAGUGCGCACAAUUGCUUUACAUGCAAAGGGCGGCACAACACUCUUCUCCAUCGGGGUGACAGUGCCCACAAUGGUGCCUCUUCUGCUUCCUCCAAUAUACAGUCCACUCCAAAUCCAACGGCAACAAAUGUGCAGAAUUUCUUUGCUAAUAAUGCUCAGAAUGUCCUUCUCGGCACGGCGGUCAUCAAUGUUUGCCACUUGGGCACUACAUAUACCGCACGUGCGUUAAUUGAUUCCGGGUCCGAAGCGACCUUCAUUUCUGAGCGUUUGUUCCAACGCAUUAAGUUGCCUUUCCAGUCCGUGCGAGCCCAGGUAUCCGGGCUAAAUCACGCAGUUGCGGCCCAAUCGCAGAAGUUAUGUCACUUCAGCAUUGGUUCUCCGACGAAGCCGAGGCUCCAUAUCGAGACUUCGGCAUUCGUAAUUCCACAGUUGGCAGGCAAACUGCCCUCCUUCGAUAUGCCGCGAACUUUCCUCAAGGAUCUACCAGCGAUAGAACUGGCAGAUCCACAUUUCUACAAGAGCGCUCAGAUCGAUGUACUAAUUGGCGCGGAUAUCCUUCCGUCGGUCAUCUUGAGCGGCUCCCGGCCAAACAUUUGUGGCUCACUCCUUGGGCAGGAAACCGUGUUUGGCUGGAUUCUUACCGGCCCCGUCUCCCAGACGAAGCUGAUAAAGGAGUCAGACUUCGUUUGCGAAGAAAACUUCGUUAAGACUACUUCUCGUAGCACAUGUGGCAGAUAUCGGGUGACUCUUCCAUUCCGGAAGCCCGAUGGCAUUGAACUGGGUCAUUCCAGAUCUAUAGCGUUGGCUCAAUUCCUCAAGAACGAGAAUCGUUUGUCAAGAAACGAUUCUCUAAAGGAACAGUACAAUGCCGUUCUCCAGGAGUACGUGGACUUGGGUCAUAUGACACCCAUAUCGCCUCAGGCGAUUGGCACGACUCCUAAUUUCUACUUGCCUCACCACGCCGUGUUCAAACCAGAUAGCACCACAACGAAGGUGCGGGUCGUUUUCAACGCAUCUUGUCCAUCCUCAAAUGGCAAGAGUCUGAAUGAUAUCCUUCAUUCAGGGCCCAUUCUCCAAUCGGAUCUCACAUUGCAGAUCCUCCGAUGGCGAUACUAUCGAUAUGUGUUCAAUGCGGACAUAACGAAGAUGUAUCGCCAAAUCCUCAUGGACUCAAAGCACACACCGUUCCAACGAAUUCUGUUCCGCACGUCGGACGGUGUGAUCCGUGACUUUGAGUUGAACACGGUGACAUUCGGUGUCAACUGUGCGCCUUUCCUGGCUCUACGAGUCCUUCAGCAACUUGCUGAUGACAUACGCUUGGAGUAUCCUCUCGCAAGCCGUGUCAUUUCCAACAACAUGUACGUGGACGACGUCCUAGCGGGGACACACACAAGAGAGGAGGCCAUCCGGACCAUUACGGAAGUGUGUGCAGCCCUGGACAGUGCUGGCUUCCCGCUGAGGAAGUGGACGUCGAACCAUAAGAGCGUGCUGAAGGACAUUCCAAAGGACCAUCUACUACGAGAAGACUUCCUCGAACUCGAAGACUCUAGUACGGCGAAAACUCUGGGCAUCAGGUGGCAAGCUCACGAUGACGAGUUCUUCUUCAUGCCACCAGAAGUUGCCCAUCAGGACUCCUACACGAAGAGGGAAGUGCUCUCGCAAAUCGCUAAGCUUUUCGACCCAGCCGGGUGGCUGGCCCCUUUCGUUAUCCGAGCCAAAAUCUUCAUGCAGGAGAUUUGGCUGAGAACGCUCGAAUGGGACGAGCAUCUACCCACGGAUCUUUCACUCCAAUGGAAGGAGUACCUCCAGAGCUAUCCUGCUCUGGGAAAGAUCCGGAUUCCAAGAUGGGUCCAAUUCCAGACACGAGUGAAGCUCCAGUACCACGGAUUCUGUGAUGCGUCAGAACGGGCGUAUGGAGCAGCGAUCUAUGUCCGUGUGGAGACGGCGAACAAGGUUUCCACACAUCUCCUUACUGCGAAGACAAAGGUGGCUCCGGUCAAGUCUCUCUCAGUGCCACGUCUGGAGCUUUGUGGCGCAGUCCUGUUGGCUGAGUUAUCUGCAGCCCUCCUCCUGAAUCUGCCAGCAGAAAGUUUCCAGACUUUCUUUUGGACCGACUCAACAAUUGUUCUCGCCUGGUUGAACAAGCCACCCUGCCGAUGGACAACAUUUGUGGCCAAUCGAGUGGCCAAGAUUGUCCAAGCCAGCGACGCCAAGAACUGGUCGCAUGUGCGAUCCGAGCACAAUCCGGCAGAUCUUGCAAGCCGUGGUGUCCUGCCACAAGAAUUGGUUCGUAAUCCUUUGUGGUGGCAUGGACCAGAGUGGCUUCAUCUCCCGUCGGAUCAAUGGCCAACUUCUCCAAGUCCCAUUCCGGAGACUCUGCUGGAGCAGCGGAUUAAGUGCAACGUCGCUAAGAUACCUCCGACUCCCGACUUCCUGAGCAAGUUCUCUGAGUUUGGCAGGGCACUGCGCACGUCUGCCUAUGUUCUCCGAUUCAUCGAUAGGAGUCGGAAGUUGGCAGUUCCAAGCUCUACCGUGGUUCAGGCGGAUGAGCUGUCACGGAUCCAAGAGCGGCUAAUCGUCAUGGCUCAACGUCACACUUUUCCACAAGAAUACCAAUGUCUGCAGUCCAAGCAGCAGGUUCCUUCCUCAAGUUCAAUCCGAAACUUGAACCCUUUCCUCGAUGGCAAGGGGAUUCUACGGGCCUGUGGGCGUCUGAGGGCGUCCCACUCGCUGCGUUACGAUGAGAGUCAUCCAAUCAUCCUAUCGUAUUCCUCGUCCUUUGCACGACUACUGGUUCGUUUCACCCAUCGUAUAUCCUUACAUGGGGGUAACCAAGUCGUUAUGCGGCUGAUCCGUUCCAGGUUCUGGAUUCCCAAAUUGAAGGUCCUCGUUAAAUCCACCAUCAACUCCUGCAAGGUCUGCGUCAUCUACAAGAAGAGAUUGCAGACCCAAAUGAUGGGGGACUUGCCCAAGGAAAGGGCGUCCUACUCGAGACCUUUCACGCACACUGGAGUCGACUUCGCCGGCCCAUUCGAAAUAAAGAAUUACACUGGCCGAGCCUGCCUCAUCACCAAAGGGUACGUCUGCGUCUUCGUGUGCUUCAGCACGAAGGCGAUCCACUUGGAGGCAACAUCGGAUCUCACGACGGAGAAAUUCCUGGCCGCAUUCUCCCGUUUCAUCGCACGGCGCGGGUGUCCACACCAAAUGUACUCGGACAACGGGAAAACCUUCGUUGGAGCUGACAAGGUGAUCUCCAACGACUUCUUGGAAGCGACGAGGGAGUGCAUCAUCGCACAACAUGCCCACAAGAGCCUAUCCUGGCACUUCAACCCGCCGGGCGCCCCGCAUAUGGGUGGUUUAUGGGAAGCCGGCGUAAAGAGUUUUAAGGCACUCUUUUACAAGGCGACCUCCACCUCGAAAUAUACGUUCGAAGAGUUGUCCACUCUUCUCGCUAAGAUCGAAGCCUGCCUGAACUCGAGGCCGAUUUCCCCUAUGUCCGAGGAUCCUGCGGACUUACUAGCGCUCACUCCUGGCCAUUUCCUCAUAGGUGGCCCUCUUAUUUCGGUGUUGGAACCACCAAUUAACCAACCGGCCACCUCCAUCCUCAAUCGAUGGCAGCGACUGAAGGCUCUUCACCAACAAUUUUGUUUCCGUUGGAAAGAUGAGUACCUGAAGGAGCUGCACAAACGGACGAAAUGGCAAUCCCCUACCCGGAACCUUCGGAUCGGUGACAUGGUCGUCAUAAAGGAAGACAACCUCCCCUCUAACGAAUGGCGCCUAGGACGGGUGCUGACGACGUGUCCAGGCACCGACGCCAAGGUUCGAGUGGUAGAUGUGCUCACGGCGCGGGGUACCAUCCGAAGACCCGUUGCCAAACUUAUUCUACUCCCGAUGGACAGCAAGACAGACCCCUCCACGUCAGAAGGACUGAAGGACGAAUAA